CGCUCGCGUACGGCUCGUUACUUCUCUCUCCUCUCCUCUCUCUGUUUGUGUUUCAAUAAUGAAUUGAUUGUUGUAGCCACAACUGAGAAUCGCCAGAUCGUGCCACAGGCCCGCGUUUCCCCUCCCCUCCUCGCCCUCCUUCCCUUUUUCCCUCCCUUUCCGUACACACGCGCACACGCGCACACACACACUCACACACAUACACACAUACACACGCGCGCGCGCGCGCGCACACACAUACACAGACACUACCCGGACGACCGGGACCAGAGUCUCUCCACAGCGGCCGCAGCGCGGCCCGGGCUCCGGGAGACCAGCAGAGUCCCACCGCCGGCCGGGGACACCCUUUCCACAGGUAAUUUGAAGAGAGUCCGAAAUAACUUGUGACCAUUUGGAAGGAAGCAAGGAACAGUCUGAAGUAAACAAUCCAGCUUGUAAACUGGGAAGAUUUAUAUUUUAUUUUAAACUUCUGAAUAUUUACAAUGAAUGGACACAGUGAUGAAGAAAGUGUUAGAAACAGUAGUGGAGAAUCAAGCCAGUCGGAUGAUGAUUCUGGAUCAGCCUCUGGAUCUGGUUCUGGAUCAAGCUCCGGAAGCAGUAGUGAUGGGAGCAGCAGUCAGUCAGGCAGCAGUGAUUCUGACUCCGGGUCUGACUCAGGCAGUCACUCUGAUUCUGAGUCAGAUACUUCUAGAGAAAAGAAAGUACAAUCAAAACCACCAAAAGUUGAUAGCUCUGAGUUUUGGAAAUCAAAUCCUAGUGUUCUGGCUGUCCAAAGAUCUGCAAUGCUUAGAAAGCAGCAGCAGCAGCAACAACAAACUUCCUCCAAUAGUGGAUCAGAAGAGAAUUCUUCUAGCAGUGAAGAUUCUGAAGAUGAGUCAUCCAGUGAGGUCAAGAGGAAAAAACAUAAAGAUGAGGAUUGGCAGAUGUCAGGGUCAGGAUCUCCCUCCCAGACGGGUUCAGAUUCUGAAUCAGAAGAAGAAAGAGAAAAAAGCAGUUGUGAUGAAAGUGAAUCUGACUAUGAGCCAAAAAAUAAAGUCAAAAGCAGGAAACCUCAAAUCAGAACUAAAGCAAAAAAUGGAAAGAAGAUCUCUGGACAGAAGAAGAGACAGAUUGAUUCUUCUGAAGAAGAUGAUGAUGAUUAUGAUAAAAGAGGUUCUCGUCGCCAGGCAACUGUCAAUGUUAGUUAUAAGGAAGAUGAAGAAAUGAAAACAGAUUCAGAUGAUUUGUUGGAGGUUUGUGGAGAAGAUGUUCCUCAACCUGAAGAAGAUGAAUUUGAGACAAUAGAAAGGUUUAUGGACAGUAGGAUUGGAAGAAAAGGAGCAACUGGUGCUACUACAACCAUCUAUGCAGUUGAAGCAGAUGGUGACCCCAAUGCUGGAUAUGAAAAAACUAAGGAACCAGGAGAGAUCCAGUAUUUAAUUAAAUGGAAAGGAUGGUCCCAUAUCCAUAACACUUGGGAGACUGAAGAAACCUUAAAACAGCAGAAUGUGAAAGGAAUGAAAAAAUUGGACAAUUACAAGAAGAAAGAUCAGGAAACCAAACGAUGGUUGAAAAAUGCUUCUCCAGAAGAUGUGGAGUAUUAUAAUUGUCAGCAAGAACUUACUGAUGAUCUACAUAAGCAGUAUCAAAUAGUGGAGAGAAUAAUCGCUCAUUCCAAUCAAAAGUCAGCAGCUGGGUAUCCUGAUUAUUAUUGCAAAUGGCAGGGCCUCCCAUAUUCAGAGUGUAGCUGGGAAGAUGGGGCUCUUAUUUCCAAAAAGUUUCAGCCACGCAUCGAUGAAUAUUUCAGCAGGAAUCAAUCCAAAACCACUCCUUUUAAAGAUUGCAAAGUAUUAAAACAAAGGCCAAGGUUUGUUGCACUGAAGAAGCAACCAUCCUAUAUUGGGGGACCAGAAGGUUUAGAAUUAAGAGAUUAUCAGUUGAAUGGUCUAAAUUGGCUUGCUCAUUCUUGGUGCAAAGGAAAUAGCUGUAUACUUGCUGAUGAAAUGGGCCUUGGAAAAACAAUACAGACGAUCUCAUUUCUUAACUAUCUUUUCCACGAACACCAAUUGUAUGGGCCUUUCUUGUUAGUAGUACCACUUUCCACACUCACUUCCUGGCAAAGAGAGAUUCAGACAUGGGCUCCCCAGAUGAAUGCUGUAGUCUAUUUAGGGGAUAUUAACAGCAGAAAUAUGAUAAGAACACAUGAAUGGAUGCAUCUUCAAACCAAACGGUUAAAAUUUAAUAUUCUUUUGACAACUUAUGAAAUUUUAUUGAAAGAUAAGGCUUUCCUUGGUGGCCUGAAUUGGGCAUUCAUAGGUGUAGAUGAAGCUCAUCGAUUAAAGAAUGACGACUCACUUUUAUAUAAGACCUUAAUAGACUUUAAAUCCAAUCAUCGUCUUCUUAUUACUGGAACCCCUCUACAAAAUUCCCUUAAAGAGCUCUGGUCUUUGCUCCACUUCAUCAUGCCAGAAAAAUUUUCUUCCUGGGAAGAUUUUGAAGAGGAACAUGGCAAAGGGAGAGAAUAUGGGUAUGCAAGUCUCCACAAGGAGCUUGAGCCUUUUCUGUUACGCCGAGUUAAGAAAGAUGUAGAAAAAUCUCUGCCUGCCAAAGUUGAGCAAAUUUUAAGAAUGGAAAUGAGUGCAUUGCAGAAGCAAUAUUACAAAUGGAUUUUAACCAGGAAUUACAAAGCCCUUAGCAAAGGUUCAAAGGGCAGUACCUCAGGCUUUUUGAACAUAAUGAUGGAGCUCAAAAAGUGUUGUAACCAUUGCUACCUCAUCAAACCACCUGAUAAUAAUGAAUUCUAUAAUAAACAGGAGGCCUUACAGCAUUUAAUCCGAAGUAGUGGAAAAUUAAUUCUUCUUGAUAAGCUGUUGAUUCGGCUAAAAGAACGAGGCAACAGAGUUUUAAUUUUCUCUCAAAUGGUGCGGAUGUUAGACAUACUUGCAGAAUAUUUGAAGUAUCGUCAAUUCCCUUUUCAAAGAUUAGAUGGUUCAAUCAAAGGAGAAUUAAGAAAACAAGCAUUAGAUCAUUUUAAUGCUGAAGGAUCUGAGGACUUUUGUUUCUUACUUUCCACAAGGGCUGGAGGACUAGGCAUCAAUUUAGCAUCUGCUGACACUGUUGUUAUAUUUGAUUCUGACUGGAACCCACAAAAUGAUCUGCAGGCACAAGCUAGAGCCCAUAGAAUUGGGCAGAAAAAACAGGUUAAUAUUUAUCGUCUAGUUACAAAAGGAUCAGUUGAAGAAGAUAUUCUUGAAAGAGCCAAAAAAAAGAUGGUGCUUGAUCAUCUGGUAAUUCAGAGAAUGGACACAACUGGGAAGACUGUUCUACACACAGGUUCUGCUCCCUCAAGUUCUACACCUUUUAAUAAGGAAGAGUUAUCGGCAAUUUUAAAAUUUGGUGCUGAAGAACUUUUUAAAGAACCUGAAGGAGAAGAACAAGAGCCUCAGGAAAUGGAUAUUGAUGAAAUCCUGAAGAGAGCUGAAACUCAUGAAAAUGAACCAGGCCCAUUAACUGUAGGAGAUGAAUUGCUUUCCCAGUUUAAGGUAGCCAAUUUUUCAAAUAUGGAUGAAGAUGAUAUUGAAUUAGAACCUGAAAGAAAUUCAAGAAAUUGGGAGGAAAUCAUUCCAGAAGAUCAAAGAAGAAGGCUAGAAGAAGAAGAAAGACAAAAGGAACUUGAAGAAAUAUAUAUGCUACCAAGGAUGAGAAACUGUGCAAAACAGAUUAGCUUCAAUGGAAGUGAAGGCCGACGCAGCAGAAGUAGAAGAUACUCUGGAUCCGAUAGUGAUUCGAUAUCUGAAAGAAAAAGGCCAAAGAAACGUGGAAGACCAAGGACUAUCCCGCGAGAGAAUAUUAAAGGAUUUAGUGAUGCAGAAAUUAGGCGGUUUAUCAAGAGUUACAAGAAAUUUGGUGGUCCUCUGGAAAGAUUAGAUGCGAUUGCUCGAGAUGCUGAAUUAGUUGAUAAGUCAGAGACAGACCUCAGACGACUAGGGGAGCUGGUGCAUAAUGGGUGUAUCAAAGCUUUAAAGGAUAGUUCCUCUGGACAGGACCGAACAGGACUCUUGCUAUUUGAACACAGACCUUUUAUGACAGAACCUUGUGGUAGACUUGGAAAAGUGAAGGGUCCAACAUUCCGAAUAUCAGGAGUGCAAGUGAAUGCCAAAUUAGUCAUCUCUCAUGAAGAAGAAUUAGUACCAUUGCACAAAUCGAUUCCAUCAGAUCCAGAAGAAAGGAAACAGUAUACCAUCCCAUGCCACACAAAGGCAGCUCACUUUGAUAUAGACUGGGGCAAAGAAGAUGAUUCCAAUCUAUUAAUUGGCAUCUAUGAAUAUGGGUAUGGCAGCUGGGAAAUGAUUAAAAUGGAUCCUGACCUUAGUUUAACACACAAGAUUCUACCAGAUGAUCCUGAUAAAAAACCCCAAGCAAAGCAGUUGCAGACCCGAGCAGACUACCUCAUUAAAUUACUUAAUAAAGAUCUGGCAAAAAAAGAAGCUCAGAGACUUUCUGGUUCAGGAAAUUCAAAGAGGAGGAAAAUAAGGACUAAGAAGAAUAAAAUGGUGAAGUCUGUUAAAACGAGAGAAGAAAUAAGGAGUGAUUCUUCUCCAUUGCCCUCAGACAAAUCUGAUGAGGAUGAUGACAAGCUCAGUGAAACCAAAUCUGAUAGCAAAGAAAAAUCUAAGAAAUCCACAAUUUCAGAUGCUCCAGUUCAUAUCACUGCAAGUGGUGAACCAGUUCCUAUAUCUGAGGAUUCUGAGGAGCUGGACCAGAAGACAUUCAGUGUUUGCAAAGAAAGAAUGAGGCCUGUCAAAGCAGCCCUGAAACAGCUUGAUAGACCUGAAAAGGGGCUUUCAGAAAGAGAACAGCUGGAACAUACUAGACAGUGUCUAAUCAAAAUUGGUGAUCAUAUCACUGAAUGUCUAAAAGAAUAUACAAAUCCUGAACAAAUUAAGCAGUGGAGAAAGAAUUUGUGGAUUUUUGUGUCCAAGUUCACAGAAUUUGAUGCAAGAAAACUACACAAAUUGUAUAAGCAUGCAAUUAAGAAACGGCAAGACUCUCAGCAAAACAAUGACCAGAACAGCAGCAGCGUGAAUACUCAUAUGAUUAGGAAUCCAGAUAUGGAAAGGCUAAAAGAGAAUACAAAUCAUGAUGACAGCAGCAGGGACAGUUAUUCUUCUGACAGACAUUUGUCUCAAUAUCAUGACCAUAAAGAUAGGCAUCAGGGAGAUGCUUACAAAAAGAAUGAGUCCAGGAAAAGAUCGUAUUCAUCCUUUAGCAAUGGUAAAGAUCACCGGGAAUGGGAUCAUUACAAACAAGAAAGCAGAUACUACAAUGAUAAUAAACACAGAAAAAUGGAUGACCAUAGGAGUAGGGAUCACAGAUCAGUUUUGGAAGGAAGUUUAAAAGACCGACCUCAUCCUGACCACCGUUCUCAUUCAGAUCACCGGUUGCACUCAGAUCAUCGAUCAAGUUCUGAAUAUUCACACCAUAAAACUUCAAGAGAUUAUCGGUAUCAUUCAGAUUGGCAGAUGGACCACAGAGCUUCCAGUAGUGGCCCUAGGUCACCACUAGAUCAGAGGUCUCCUUACGGCUCAAGAUCACCUUUAGGUCAUAGAUCUCCAUUUGAACAUUCAUCUGAUCACAAAAGUACACCUGAGCAUACUUGGAGUAGCCGGAAAACAUAACAAAUACUGACAUUGCCCAUCUGGACUUUGUUUUAGCCAUAUAUCGUAAACUACCACAGUAAUUGCCUUACAUGACUUGAAAGAUAAGGACAGGAUCCUCCAUCAGUAGCAGUAUUGUUACUUCUUUCCAGGAUGCAAGGUCUAUUAUCCCAACAGAAGAAAAAUAUUUUUGUAUUUAAGGAUUAUGCUGCACUGUGUUACAAAGUGUUGUAGCACUUUUUUUUUUAAUAAUGGAAAAUGUUUACUUUUUACAGGGACCUCAACACUGCCCCAUUUAGACUGGAUAAAAUUCUUUGUGUCAGUGAUUUUAGGCUGAACUCCAUUUAAAUUAUGUUUGUAAAUGAACUUUACACACUGACCUGUAAUCAUGUUUCAGGAAGGAAUGAAGAGUUUUGUUUUGUUUUGUUUUUCCUUAGCAAAGAACUCUCAAGGACUUUGUUCACUUUCCAAAGCUACUUGUUUACAUUGUACACUGCGACCACCUUGCCGCUUCUCAUCACAAGCUUGAAUAUUUAAAUUCUGUACCUAUGACUGUAAAAUAUCCGGGAAUUCUUGUUUGUGAUAAAUUGUAAUGCCUUUUUACAAAAUAAAAUAGCUGUAAAUUAUUGUAAAUUAAUUAAAUGAGCUUUCCUUCCCUCCCCCUCUCAGGCUUUUUUUAACUGUUCCUUUCCCCACCAACUCAGGCCUUCUUGUCAUAAAAAAGGACAAAACUCAAUGUAUUAACAACACUUUUUAAUAAAUUGUCUUGAUGGAAUCACUGUUUAGAAUGUAAAAAUGGGGAAAGGGAACAUUAUUCCAUUAUAUUAUCCUUUAGGAUUCCUUUUAUAUUGGAUAUUUUAUUAGAUACAUUUUUUUAAAAGCCAGUGUUGUGAUUGUUUGUAGUAAUGACGUACUAUCUAAACUGCAUGCUCUGAAAACUUUUUUUUUCAGAAGCAUUGGUUUAAAAAAUACCUUUGUGAACACAUCAGAACCCAAAUCAGCCAAAAUUUAUUGUAAAUCCAUUUGUUUUCCUUUUUAAUGUGGGCAAUAAUGUCAAAUGUGCUAUGCAGCCAGUUAAUAUUUUAGAUGAACUGAUUGACUUUUAAUAGAAACUGUUACAAUGCACACUGAUUGUAUAUAGAUACCUUCUACAUAUGACAAAUUAAAUUUAACAAAAAGGAUAUGUGGACUCCUGUACUUUUCUGCCUUUUUACUCCCUCAGCACUUAGCAAAAUUUUUACGAGCUGCCAAAAGUAUAUAUUUUUUGAUAGCCAAUUAAGUAUCAAUCGUCAACACUACAGUUAUAUCUGAUUUAAGGAUACAUGGGCAAAAAUUAUAAUAAACAGCUGACAGUUAAAUUUAGGUCACUGUUUUAGACUGUUUUGGAACUCUGGCUUCUGCAAAUAUUUUAUAUUUUCUUGAGGAUGUUUUGCAUGAAUAUUUGGUUUCUUUGAAUUUUUAGAUCAUGUAAGAUGUUAAAAGUCAAAAUCUUCAACUUCAAAGAACACAGGAGCCUUUUAAUUAUGGAAAAAUUAUUUUUAUAAAAGGUUAUGGAAUAAAAUGAUUUAUAGGUAAAAUAUAUUUUAGAAUAUUGUUUGCCCUUUCAUUUGCCCUCUCAUUUAUUUUACAUGUAUAAAGCGAGUGAAAAUGUAUUGACUAUACUUCAAAAAAAAAAAAAGCAAAGCUUCAUCUUUUCCAUCAGGUAGCCCUGCCUGGCAAAUUAGUAAGAUGUCUCAUUCCUGUUAGAUAGGGAGAACCCAAAAGGAAAUGCUUCAAAAUUUUCAGAUCUGUUUUGCCUUAUUAAUCAUGAGAAAGUGAUAAUAUACAGUAUUUUUCCUUCAAUAUGAAAAGUGCAGGUAUGAUUCUAUGAUUUUAAUUUUUUCAACUUGCUCAUGUUCUUGAUAAACCUGGUUUUAUUGCACAAAGUGAUAAUUAACUGAAGAUUUAUCAUAAUGCCUAAGUGAAAAAUCGUAACAUAUUAAAAAUGUGUUUGGGUUGUUUGGUUUUUUCCUUCAUUACAACUGUAGAUAGAGUUCUUGAUCUGUUAUUGGAUGUAUUAUGUUCAACCCAUCACACAUUAUUGUUACUGUAGAAUGGGCUAGAUUUAAAUCUUACUGUGCUACAAUUAGUUAGACUAUUUAUGUAAUAUGAGAAUUACUGUGAGAAUUAUUCUUUUUUUGGUAAGAAUCCAAAACUUAUGUGAAAGAGGAAAUAGCCAUAUAUUCAGAAUAAAUGAGAGAGUAACAUGACCACAUAGAUGUUGUUGAUGGGAAAGUCCCUGCACAAUGACCCUUUUUUUCAUCUGUGUUCCACUUGCUUAGUCUUUAUUUUGGUCCAUUUCUGUUUGAAGAUGAGAGAAUCUUAUGCACAGUACUGUAUUAAACACCCACUUUACAAUAAUGAUAUAUAAUAAAUAAUUCUUAUAAAAGCAA